AUGGCUUGCAGUAACAGUUACGAGUGUACAGCAUCGGACCUUCUCUGUAAUGAAGAAACCAAAAGUAUGUGCUUUGAUGAUGACGAUCUUGUUGAUUCUUUCAGUGACGUCAGCUGUCAAACCGAUGAUAAUAAAGGCAUGAGCUUUGUCGAUGGCGGACCAGAUUCUGAGACAAUGGUUCAUUUGCCAUGUCUGAGUGAAGAGAGCAUCGGUUUGAUGGUUGAGAGAGAAAUGGAGCACAUGCCCAGGGAUGAUUAUCUCAAUAGACUGAGGACUGGGGAUUUGGAUAUGAGUGUGAGAAGAGAGGCUGUUGAUUGGAUGUGUAAGGCUCAUGCUCACUACAGAUUUGGAGCACUGUGUUUGUGUUUGGCUAUAAAUUACUUUGACCGAUUUCAAUCUGUGCAUGACCUGCCCAGAGGUAAGACAUGGGGGUUUCAGUUGUUAGCCGUGGCUUGUUUAUCUCUAGCAGCCAAAAUGGAGGAAAUUGAAGUUCCUUCCACCGUGGAUUUACAGGUUGGGGAACCAAAAUUCUUGUUUGAAGGUAAAACCAUACGAAGAAUGGAGCUUUUGGUACUGAGCAUUUUGAAAUGGAAAAUGCAAGCUUAUACUCCGUGCAACUUCAUCGACUAUAUCCUCCGGAAAAUGGCGAAAAACGAUGAGCUCCCAUCAGGGCCAUUGAUUACUAGAUCAGUUCAACUGAUCUUAAGCACAAUCAGAGGUAUUGACUUCUUGGAAUUCAGGCCAUCUGAAUUAGCUGCAGCAAUAGCAAUGUAUGUUUCAGGGGAAGAAAUACAGGCAAUGGACAUUGAUAAGACCCUGUCUGGUUUCAUAAGAGUAGAGAAGGGGAGAGUGUUGAAGUGCCUUGAACUAAUUCAAGAUUUGACAUCAAUUAAUAGUUCUUCUUCUUCUACCAUUACUGCAAAUAUGGGUAAUGGCACUGUUCCAUCAUCAUCAUCAGUGCCCCAAAGUCCAAAUGGAGUGUUGGAGGCUGCUGCCAGCUUGAGCUAUAAAAGUGAUGAGAGAAACCCAAAUUCUAAAAGGAGAAGAUUGGACUAA